AAUUAAUUUAAAGCUUGAUAUUAGUUGUAUCAUUUUUGCUUCCUCAGUAGUGAUUUAGUUGGAAAACCCCACCAUAUCUUUCCACGAAAACCCGAACAUUCGUUAAUAAACGUCUUGAUUCAUUUGUUUCUAACGGAAUGAAUUACGGAAGCCAUGCAGAAGCAGCAUUAUUGUGAUUUGGAGCUUAUAGGGCAAGGUAGCUUUGGCUCUGUCUUUAAAGCUAUCAAUGUUGAAACGUCCAAACCAGUCGCUCUUAAGGUAGUAGAUUUGGAUGCCACUACGGAUCAAAUUGAAUCUCUUACUCGAGAAAUUAAUUUUUUGAUUGGAUUAAAUUCACCGUAUAUAACUAGAUAUUUUGAGUCUUUUUUGGAUGGGACGCGUUUAUGGAUAAGCAUGGAGUAUUGUGAUGGAGGAAGUUGUACCGAGCUUUUAAAAACAGUCGGAAAGUUUCCUGAACAGGUUAUAGCUGAGAUUUUGAGGAAUAUGUUGGAGGCUUUGGUGUAUUUACAUGGUCAAGGAAAAAUGCAUCGUGACAUUAAGGCUGCCAACAUCCUGACUACGCAGGACGGGGAAGUUAAGCUAGCAGACUUUGGUGUUUCCGGUCAAUUGCAAAAUUUCUAUGAUAAGAAUGAUGAUUUUGUAGGAACCCCAUUUUGGAUGGCACCAGAAGUUGUCAAACAAACUGGGUAUAAUGCAAAAGCCGACAUAUGGUCCUUGGGUAUCACGGCUUUUGAAUUAGCAAACGGAGAACCUCCUUAUUCCGGUAUACAUCCUAUGAAAGUAUUACUUUUGAUUCCAAAACACGCUCCUCCGUCAUUAGAUAGAUCAUCCUUUAGUCCGGCAUUCUGUGAUUUCGUUGAUCUGUGUCUUAAGAAAAACCCUCAAGAACGUCCCUCACCAUUGAAGCUUUUGGAGCAUAAGUUUAUAAAAAAAACCUGCUCCAAAGAUACACUGAAACUAAUUAUCCAAACCUAUUCCAAAUGGAAAUCGAACGACCAAACAUCCGACUUUGCUUCUCCAUACAACGGAUCUGAUUUUUUCAAAAAUCCGGCUACUAUAGAUAAUGUGAUGUGGGAUUUUGGUACAAUAUCCAGAUAACUCGAUUACAAGAGUUAUUAAACGACCCGUACGUUAAUGAUUUACAACCACUUUCUUUUGCUAGACUGGACUUGAUAUUUAAUAAAUUUAUUUAAUAGGGCAGGCCCUAUAGAGUUAACUGAAGGCAUUUCAAGAAGCG